CCAAAGGAAUACCCAUGAAAUGGUUUCAUCCGGAUUGCUCUCCGAAGUGCGCUUGGAUGGUUGCAGUUAAAAGUCCUCUUUCCUUGAACUGCUGCAACAGAAUUUUCGCCCAUGCUUCCUUUGCUCAGAUCUUGGAGGAGGACCUGCCACUUUUUGAUGGCCGCUGCUGCAGCUGCCGGUUGAUCAUCUGGGGACUUCAUAGCUCCUGACUAUUCGUGGGAGGCAAGGCAUUCCUGGAAGGCUUUCUGUGACUUCUUGUGAAUGUGCUAGGGAAGAAAAUGCCUCUGCCUUUCGGGCUGAAGCUGAAACGAACUCGACGCUACACAGUGUCUAGCAAGAGCUGCUUGGUGGCCCGCAUCCAGUUGCUUAACAAUGAGUUUGUGGAAUUUACACUGUCGGUGGAGAGCACCGGGCAGGAAAGCCUGGAGGCCGUGGCACAGAGGCUGGAACUUCGAGAGAUCACUUAUUUCAGCCUUUGGUAUUUCAACAAGCAAAACCAGCGCCGGUGGAUAGACUUAGACAAGCCUCUGAAAAAGCAACUGGACAAAUAUGCCUUGGAGCCGACUGUAUUCUUUGGUGUGGUGUUUUAUGUGCCUUCUGUCUCCCAGCUUCAGCAGGAGAUUACCAGAUACCAGUAUUAUCUACAGUUAAAGAAAGACAUAUUGGAAGGAAGCAUCCCAUGCACGUUCGAGCAAGCAGUGCACCUGGCUGGCUUAGCUGUUCAAGCUGAUUUUGGAGAUUAUGACCAAUAUGAAUCACAGGAAUUUCUACAGAGAUUUGCCUUGUUUCCUGUGGGUUGGUUGCAAGAUGAAAAGAUCCUGGAAGAAGCAACCCAGAAAGUGGCCUUACUCCAUCAGAAGUACAGGGGCCUCACUCCGCCUGAUGCAGAAAUGUUAUAUAUGCAAGAAGUUGAGAGGAUGGAAGGAUAUGGUGAAGAGAGUUAUCCUGCGAAGGACAGCCAAGGAAGUGACAUAUUCAUCGGAGCUUGUCUUGAUGGAAUCUUUGUGAAACACAAAAAUGGUCGGCCUCCCGUAAUCUUUAGGUGGCAUGACAUUGCUAACAUGUCCCACAACAAGUCCUUUUUUGCAUUAGAAUUGGCAAAUAAAGAAGAGACUAUCCAGUUCCAAACUGAAGACAUGGAAACGGCAAAAUAUGUGUGGAGGAUGUGUGUGGCCAGGCACAAAUUUUAUAGACUAAAUAAAUGUAGCCUAGACUCCCCAGAUUCUCCGCCUGAGGAAGGCUCUCAGAAAUCUUUCCUCAUUCUUUCCUUUCCACGCUUUCCAAUCCUUUCUCGUCCUUCUCUGCUCAAAGGACAAGCUCAGGCGGUGACCGUGAAUCCGGUUAGAAGAAGGUCCUCCUCCAGGAUGUCUCUGCAGCCCAAACCACAGCCUUAUAUGAUGGCUCCGCCGCCACCUCAGUUGCACUACAAUGGACCCUAUGCAGACCAGUAUACAUCUUCCCAAGAUAACCUCUAUGGGAAUAACCAGAACGGCUAUUACUGCCACUCUCAGACCAGCCUGGACAGGGCGCCGCAUGACUACAAUGGCAGAAUCCGCAACGGCAGCGUCUACAGCGCUCACAGCACAAACUCGUUGAAUAAUCCACAACAUUACAUGCAGCCGUCGCCCAUGUCCUCCAACCCGAGCAUCACCGGCAGCGACGUCCUCCGGUCUGAUUACGUCCCGUCACACCGACACAGUGCCCUUAUACCGCCUUCGUAUCGGCCUACCCCGGAUUAUGAGACGGUGAUGAAGCAGCUUAACCGCGGAAUGAUACACUCGGAGAAGCAGAGCCACUCGAUGAGGAACCUUAACAUCGGCAACUCCUACGCCUACAGUAGGCCCGACGCCAUGGUUUACAGCCAGCCUGAAAUCCGAGAACACGCCAGUUUCACCUCCCCUCAUUCUGGCCACUACCCGUUCAACCUGAAUUACAGUUUCCACAGCCAGUCGCCCUACCCCUAUCCUGCCGAAAGGCGCCUGGUGGUUGGAGCGGUGAGCGUCCCUGAGCUGACGAACGUUCAGUUACAGGCCCAGGAGUACCCUGCGCCAAACAUCAUGAAGACUCAAGUGUAUCGCCCCCCACCUCCUUACCCUCACCCGAGACCCGCCAACAGCACACCGGACCUUUCUCGGCACCUCUACAUCAGCAGCAGCAACCCAGAUCUCAUUACCCGGCGGGUCCAUCACUCGGUCCAGACGUUUCAGGAAGACAGUCUACCCGUUGCACAUUCCCUCCAGGAAGUGAGCGAGCCCUUGACGUCGGCCCGGCACGCUCAGCUGCAGAAGAGGAACAGUAUUGAGAUAGCUGGCUUGGCCCACAACUUUGAGGCCAUGAGGAUCAAAGAGAGGACCAUGUCGGCAUCAGCCGCAGAUGUGGCCCCUCCAAAGGUUAUACUUGCCAGCUCGCAGCCCACUGUUUUCCUGGAGAGGAUGAAACAAGAGGAAAACGAGGAGCAAGAGGAAAAUGUGAGCUAUGGGCAUAAGAAAUCUCUUUCAGAUGCCACUAUGCUGAUUCACAGCAGCGAGGAAGAGGAAGAAUUUGAAGACGAACACAAGGCCAAUGCAACCCUCUCUCCCUUCGUCAAUGGGAAACCCCAGCUUCCUUCUGUCAUGGGAUGCUAUCCUUCUGAAUCCUUACUGAACUACCCCUACAGCUCCAUCACUUCACACCCUGGCCCUUUGCACAUACACGAACCUAAGUUGCAUAUUACUGAGACCGAGAAGAGAGUAAAAGAUACGAGUCCUGCCCACAUCGUGGCUGACACUCAGGUACAGAGAAGAGGCGAUGGGCUGCUGACUCCGUCUGUGUCAGAGUCUGACUUAACAAUGUCUGCAAGGUACAGGGUGCGGAAGGAUUCCGUAAAGAAGAGGCCUGUGUCUGAAUUGCUUUCCGGGAAGAAGAACAUAGUGGAAGGGCUUCCUCCUUUAGGGCAGGUCAUGAAAAAGAACAGAGCCGAAGCCAAAAAAAUGGGACCUUUGAAGUUAGCUGCUCUAAAUGGACUGACGUUAUCUCGGCUGCCACUGCCAGACGAAGGGAAGGAGGAACCUGCCAGAGCAACAAACGAUGAACGGUGUAAAGGUCUGGAACAAGGGUUGGAACAAGGGAUGGUGUUUACAGAAUAUGAGCGGAUCCAGAAGAAAAGGCUUCUGGAUGGGGACUGUUCAAUUGCCCGCCUUCCAGAAAAUGCAGAAAGGAACAGGUUUCAGGAUGUGCUUCCUUAUGACGACACCCGAGUAGAGCUGGUCCCUACUAAAGAAAACAAUACGGGUUAUAUCAAUGCAUCCCAUAUUAAGGUCUGCGUUGGGGGCAUGGAAUGGGAUUAUAUUGCUACCCAAGGUCCUUUGCAGAAUACAUGCCAAGAUUUCUGGCAGAUGGUGUGGGAGCAAGGGGUUGCCAUUAUAACCAUGGUGACUGCAGAAGAGGAGGGAUGCCGAGAGAAAAGCUUCCGAUACUGGCCGCGGCUUGGCUCGAGGCACAACACGGUGACGUACGGGAGAUUCAAGAUCACCACCCGAUUCCGAACAGACUCUGGCUGUUACGCCACGACAGGCCUGAAGAUCAAGCACCUCCUCACGGGGCAAGAGAGAACGGUUUGGCACCUUCAGUACACAGACUGGCCGGAGCAUGGCUGCCCAGAGGACAUAAAAGGGUUUCUUUCAUACUUGGAAGAGAUACAGUCAGUCCGGCGCCAUACAAACAGCACCGCGGAUCCCACAGCCCCCAACCCUCCCCUGCUAGUGCAUUGCAGUGCUGGCGUUGGGAGAACCGGCGUGGUCAUCUUGUCGGAGAUCAUGAUUGCCUGCUUGGAGCACAAUGAGCCACUGGACAUCCCAAGAAUGCUGGAUAUGUUAAGGCAGCAAAGGAUGAUGAUGGUGCAGACCUUGUGCCAAUACACAUUUGUCUAUGGAGUCCUCAUCCAAUUCCUUAAGAGUUCAAGGCUUAUAUAAACCUUCCUUACUCCGCUUCCUCAGCCUCGCUGUUUGCAAGAGUUUACAAAAGCAGUUUUGCCUUCUGCCGGGGCAACCUUUCUGGCUUGGUUUGAAGAUGCUGAGUGCAAGUCCAGUGACUUCGCAGGUUUCUGCAGAGCAAGACUUUGGGGUGGAUGGAUUUUCUUCUUCGUGUGCAGUUGGAACAAGAAAGGAAUGAGUGUGUGUGUGUGUUUUUAAAUAAUGUACUGGUAUGCAGUGCUUUUCAUGUACUUCUGACACUGUGUGACUGUCGGCAAAGUAAGUGUGGAUCCUACCAAGACAUCACUAUUUUGAAAAACAAGGAUGGAUAAUUUUUAAUUCUUUUUUUUUUAAAGCCCGCUUUUAGAAUGAAGAGAGGAAAAACCCUGAAACUAUAUUCAUGUAUAUGUUUAGAUACAUCAUGUGGGAAAUACAUGUGCCCUGCAAACUGAGAGCAAUAAGCUAUGCAUACUCAGAAUAGACCCAUUGAAAUCAGUCUAUUAUUUCUGUGAGUUUUCUCUGGGUUGGCUACCACCCUGAAGUUGCAAACGGCAUCACUGUGCUUUGAAUUUUGUAUUUAAAUCAGUACACACACACACACACACACACACACACACUUUAAGACGCUCAUGAAAUGUACAGAUUUCAUAUUGGAACCAGCAUAUGCAAGAAGGUGGCACUUAAAGCAGUUACUUUUUUGUACUUAACUUUUCCUUUUGUAUUAUUCUAAAAACUCCCAAUAGCACAAUAUUUCAGAGUAUAUAAUAUGUAAGGGGGAAAGAAAGGGUUUGAAUCUGCUGGUUUGUAAUGUGCAGAGGGAAGUGGGAAGAAAUGGGAAGUGACAAUGACACGUACAGUUUGAAGUGUCAUAAAAUGAGCAAGAACAGUGUCGGUUUUGAAAGAGUGCUAGGUUUAAAAAAUGAAGAAGUAAGGAGGAAUGGUUACAGCUGGCACUUUUUUUUCUUUUAAAGCUAAGAAAAGGAGAAUGCUUUUUGCUUACAGUUCUAGGUCAAAAAGGGGGGGGGAGGCAUUUCCUAAUGUUGUGCUAUGUAACUCCUAGAAGCUCCAAAAUGAAUGAAGUAUAUCCUCAGUAUUAUUCUCUUAUAAAUAUUUGUAUUGAAAACUGGUUGCUACUACUGGUUGAAAUCAAGGUGAAAUUGAAGCACUUUCUUGGCUCUUAUUUAUCUAGGGAAACAUACUAGUAUGUUCUAAGUGGUUAACAUGCCCAUUACUAAGUCGUUUUUACUUUUUGUUUUAGAAAAAAGUUUUUUAAGGCGGAGUCGGUGAGUGAGAGGAACUUGUAUGUGAGAGUGGGUUACUGGUUUACAUGCUUCAGCAGAGAGGCUGCAGUAUUAACCCUUCUAGUUUUAUGUCCCCCUGUCAAGGAAAUCUAAAAGUAUCUUAGGUUCAUAGUCUGUGCUAUGGCAAAAUGUUUCCUUUCCUUUCCUGGGUCACAUCCCUUCAGUGAGGUUGAAACGAGAUAGGAAGGAAGGAAGGAAGGGAGGAAGGUGGGUGUAUGCAUUUUGAUGGGCCUGCAAUCACUUGGAGAACCAGAAACGGCAAAUGUUCUAACUGGAUGGCUAUGGAAGGCAUACAAAAGCAACAGGUUUCCCAUAAUUGCUUAAAAUGGAGAGGUGUUCAUUCUCUCUAUAGGCACUUACACCAUAAACUCAUUUUAUUAAGUAAAUAAGCUGUUUCAAAGCACCUCUGGCUGUGCUUUGGGGAUUGUGGUGAGCUUUUUAGUCAGGAAUUAAAUUGAUCUAUGUGUGAGGUACAUGCCUCUAGGUAUUAUUUUUCUUCUCUUGAAUUUUGACCGUGCCUGUCCUUGCUGUGUACAACCCCCAGUGAGAUGAGGUUAAACGACUGUCCAAAGAGGUUCAUGGCAUACCUUGAAGAAUCUCAUUAGGUCUCGCGUCAUGUUUUAGAGCUGGCCCAAGAGCACUUUGGCUGCUUUCGAUAUCACUGAUGCUAAUUUACACUGCGUAGGCUCAGUUAUGUUGGUUUUUUCCCCUCUGUUUGAAGUCAGUCUGGAUGAGCCAGUUUUGCUACCAGCCUUUAGCUGUUGACCACCAACAGCAGUUUCUGCAAAUUUUAUGUUUGUGGCAUUUUGGCUGAAUUCCUUGACUCAGCAUUUUAUUCAUAGAUUCUGGAAAUGUAGCGUUUCUUUUUCCCCAAGAGAGCUUUCCCUCAAGCUGGGUGCCUUAUGUCAGCAUUGAAAGGUGGGGUGAGUUUAGGCAGGGAAGGCAGCACAGAGGGAUUUGGAACUGUUCUGAAUGCACAAUAUGGCAGUCAGAAGGGCUGUCUUCUUACGUGAAGUCAGAGACCAUAGAGCAGGGCUGGGUAACCGAGGGCCCUCCAGAUGUUGAAGUACAACUCCCAAAGUCUCUGCCCAUUGGCCAGAAAGCUUGAGCUGUUGGGAACUGCAGUUCAGCACCAUCUGGAGAGCCAACGGUCAAUCUCACUAUAAAGAAUUGCUUUUAAUAUUUUGCUUUUAAUUUUCUGAUCGAGUUUCCUCUCUUGGUUGUAUUGGAUGUUCCCUGGAGAUGUACUUUGGCGCAAUAGUUUCUGAAUAAUGGUACUGAGACUCUGUUCGUCUAGUAGCCUUACUUGCACAGCACAAGGAGGAAGGGAGGGCACUGCACUGACUCCCUCUGCGUAACUAAGCAUGCCCUCCGAUAUGUGCAGUUCAGAAACACCUUAUGGUGCAACAUUGCCCUGUCUGCUCUAAGCACAACACAGAGAAUCACAGAACUCUAGUCCCUUACUAAUGGAGGCUCAAGUCUCUCCCCGCGGCAAGCCCGUUGCCCUGCAAACCAUUGCUUAGAUUGCAUUUGCUUUUGAAAACUGAGGAAACUUCAGAAGUGGUUUGGGAUGGAAGAAUAGGAGGCGCAAGGUAGGGGUGGGUAGUUUGAAUAUGGACAAGACUUUGAGAUGGGAAAGGGGGAUCUCCAAGUGUGUCUUUUACUUCAGUUUCCUUGGUUUUCCUCCGUCUCGGUACAGUCAAACAUUUUGGGGUGGGUGGAAAUGCAAGCUGUAAUGGCGAAUGUUUUUAGAACUCCAGCAAGAGCAAAAAGAGCAUUCUUGCUGCGAAUGGACAAGGGUGUGUGUGUGUUUCUUCUCUACUUAUCCUGAACUGGCCUUUUCGAUUAUUCUGAUUUCCUUGAAGCUGCAUUUCGUAUCUCAAAAAUGCUAAAUCAGUGAACUUGAAUAGAAGUGGUUUGUUUCUUUGUUUUGGUAUAUGUAGCCAAAACGUACGUUGACAUGAUGCUGUCUUGUGAAGUAAAGAAUGUGCCACAAUUUCCCACCCCUAAAACGACCCGUGGUGCUAAAUGAGGUAGUGUUUGACCCAGUUACUACAGAUUAAGCAAGACAUAGAAAACUGGUGAGAGAGAGAGAGAGAGAGAGAGAGAGAGAGAGAUCUGCAGCUGCUUUAGUCACGCUAAACUCCCUCUUGAAACGACUUGAAAAGAAAACCUUCCUAAAAGAAUAAAGGGAAGUUGCAUGCCAUUUUAUUUCACCGGAAUGUCCCAAUAUGCGUCGAGGGUGUUUGAAACAAUCUAAACGGAACCUUAAGGAAGAUUCUGGAAGGAAAAUGACCAGUCAGGUGAUCUAACCCAUUUUCUUACUAAAGGUCAGAUACCUUUUGUCAAAACAGGUAUGUGAGGUUCCUUUUCCUGAAUGGCUCUCUUGGACCCAAAACUUAACUUCCCUGCUGGCUUAAUCUAGGUAGGAUGUGAGUCUGUGUUCAUUUGCUCCUACUGUAGUGUGGAAUUGCCCCCCCCCCAAAAAAAUAUCCAAUUCUCAGCUGCUCCUGUCAUGUUUCUCUGUAGGGGCUACAUGGGUAAGGCAGAUGAUGUCGUUUGUUCCCACACCAGUAUUGUGCUUGCUGUGGGAAGGAACCAUGUCGUGUGCAUGAUCCUUCCAUGCUGCUGGGCUCCCAACUCGCAUCAUUUUCAGCUAGCAUGGCCGUUGGUCAAGGAUGAUGGGAGUUUCAGUCUACCAACAUCAUUAAGGGCACUCCUGAUCUGCACGAUUCCACCAUAGUGGGGAGACGAGAGACUGGACCACAAGCAGUUCCCAUGCCAUUCUGGAAAUGUGUGAAUCUGUCUAGGGCUCUGGAAGCUUGUUGGGGAGCAGGGUUGACCUUGCAAGGUUUCCUGAGAUUUGGAGACUUCAACAUCUCAUUGGCCUUAAUUGGAUGCUCAGAAUUAAUUGUAUGUGAGUGAAAGACGCUGGAUCUUGGGCUUUAUUUCCACUUCUUCUUUUUUUGUGCCAGUAUACAGGGAUUUAUAAAUUUCUUUCCUUUAACAGUAGCACGUGUCUCCUACUCAAGUAUUAUUUUUCUAGCAUCAAGCUAAAGGUUUUUUUUAAAAAAAAGUUUGCUCUGCUUUGUGUCUCUCUCAAUCAGUACUGUAAAAAAAUGUAAAAUUUAUUCAGCUUUAAACCUUGUACAAUUGAAAUGGGGUUUGUAAAACAAUGUACAAAUUGUAUUUGAUAGACAGAAAGGCUUGUUUUUCUUUGAUAUGUAAUAUAUGUGAAAUGAAUUAUAUCAUAGUCUAUUUUUGCCAUGGAAAUAAAUAUUUGAAGCGCUUA